UAGAGGAAUACUGUGGGCCUUGGCACCUGGAGCUGUAUAAAAUAUCUCUGUCAGCAUUCCAUCCCUGGAUUUUGUGUCGGGCUGAGAAGUAAUUGUUUAGUGUAAGGACUCUGGGGCCACACCAACUCUGUUCCUUGGCACUCCACCAUGUGCAGAGGAGGACAUUCUGCCCGCAAGAAACAUGACAGCUGUCUCUGACACAUGUUCAGUCCUACAAGAGCUGGUAGAUCACAGACUUAUGGCAUGUUUGUGCCCUCAGAGUCAACCCAGGAGCUUUGCCUGGCUUCCCACGUUUGCUUUUCUUUUGCUGUUCUUGCCCAUGGCACUGGGCCUUUCCAAUUCUGUUCCUCAAGGGAACUGUUCCUUCCCGUUGGAGCAUGAAGAUUCCACUAAUACCAGUUGUGGCAAAACACCGUCCCUUUUGCUGUCGUGGACCUGCAGUGAUCCAGUUCUCCAGAAGAUCCCUUCCAUUGUUGCCAUUUCUAGCCAAGUCAAUGCCCGUGUCCCAUCAUGUUUUAAUGGACGCCUUCAUAUUGUCACCACGCUGCACCUUAAAACAGUUCCUUCUGAUGAAUCAACAAAGUUCUGCCUCAGACCUGGGCUGAGGCUGCUGCCCAUCCCCUACGUGCAGGCCGCACCUUGGGGUACUUGCCACCUUAAAUGCCAGGCUGUGCGGAACCCUGGAGCAAAACUGUGGCACAAUGUACUAAUCACCUCACACCAUUUCUGCCUCACUUCUUGGCACCCUCUAGAAUUGACGUUGAAAUGCAAAGGGUGUGCUAGAUCAGAAAAUAGAGCUGUGGUAGUGAAGUGGAAGAUAAUAUUGCCAAACAGUCAUAUGCAGAGAGUCCAUGACCAUGGCCACCCAAGGGGUAAAAGAAAUGUAAAUACCAGCCCACAAUUUCAAACACCCACCUACCAAGUAUCAGUGCCUGAAAAUAAGCCCCUGGGAACUUUUGUUGUGCAGCUGAGGGCUAAUGAUCCUGAUGAAGGGGAAUCUGGAAGAUUAGAGUACUCGAUGGAUGCCCUCUUUGACAGCCGCUCUGGCAGCCUAUUCUCUCUGGACCCAAACACUGGGGAGGUAACCACAGCAGGGGAGUUAGACAGAGAAACCAAGAGCACCCAUGUUUUCAGAGUGACUGUUAGUGAUGCAGGCACCCCCCGCCGAACAGCAAUGGCUACCCUCACUGUCUCUGUCAGUGAUACAAAUGAUCAUGACCCAACCUUUGAGCAACCAGAAUACAGAGAAAGUGUACGAGAGAAUAUGGAGGUUGGCUACGAGGUGAUGACCGUGCGUGCUACAGAUGGAGACUCCCCAAUUAAUGCCAACAUUGCUUACCGCUUAGUGUCUGGAGGUGGUAAAGCUUUUGAAAUCGAUCCUCGGUCAGGGGUUAUCAGGACACGGGGCCCUGUUGACCGGGAGGAGAUAGCCUCUUACCAGUUACUUAUUGAAGCCGAUGAUCAAGGACGUGAUCCUGGCCCUCGCAGUUCUACAGCCACAGUACAUAUAUCGGUUGAGGAUGAAAAUGACAAUGUGCCGCAGUUCAGUGAGAAGCGCUACGUGGCAUAUGUGGCAGAAGAUAUUGCUACUGACUUGCAGCUUAUUGUGGUGACUGCCACUGAUCGUGACCAUGGCCCAAAUGCUGCAGUUCACUACAGCAUCUUGAGUGGCAAUGCCCGUGGACUCUUUUCUAUUGACCCACAGACUGGUGCAAUAUUUCUUUCUGGCACUCUUGACUAUGAGACUGGACGGGAGCACACGCUGAGGGUACGGGCACAAGAUGGAGGAAGGCCUCCAUUAUCCAAUGUAACUGGCCUGGUCAGUAUUCAGGUCCUAGAUGUAAAUGAUAAUGCACCAGCUUUCGUGAGUGGUCCCUUCCAAGCUGCAGUGCUGGAGAAUGCACCUCUAGGGUAUUCUGUGCUACAGGCUCAAGCACUGGAUGCAGACUCAGGUGAAAAUUCCAGGCUUGAGUAUCGUCUGCUGGGUGAAGCUGGACCGUUCUCUAUAAACAAUAGUACUGGAUGGAUCGUGGUACAGACAGAGUUGGACAGGGAAGAAGUGGAGUUUUACAGCUUUGGGGUAGAGGCACGGGAUCGUGGUCAGCCCUCUCUUUCCUCUUCAGCUGCAGUAAGUGUGCAGGUUUUGGAUGUCAACGACAAUUCCCCAGAAUUUACACAGGAUGAAUACCAUGCCCGUCUUAAUGAAGAUGCAGCCGUGGGCACCAGUGUUUUGACGGUGCGGGCAGUGGACAGGGACGCUCAUGCUACCAUAACUUACCAGAUUACUUCUGGCAAUGCUCGCCAUCGUUUCUCCAUCUCAAGCUUAUCUGGUGGCGGUGGUCUUUUAACGCUUGCGCUGCCUCUUGACUACAAGCUAGAGCGCCAGUUUGUGCUGACUAUAACUGCAUCGGAUGGGAUGCGAACAGAUACUGCACGGGCUGUGGUGAAUGUGACAGAUGCAAACACACAUCGUCCUGUCUUUCAAAGCUCCCACUACACUGUUAGUGUAAGAGAAGACCAGCCCGCAGGCACCACUGUGGUAGUCAUCAGUGCCACGGAUGAAGAUACGGGAGAAAAUGCCCGUAUUACUUACUUAGCUGAAGAAGGUAUGCCUCAGUUUGCCAUAGAUCCAGACACUGGUGCAGUAACCACUACCAUGGAGCUAGAUUACGAAGACCAGGUCAGUUAUACAUUAGCUGUAACGGCUCGUGAUAAUGGAAUUCCUCAAAAAUCAGAUACUACCUACCUAGAAAUCCUGGUGACGGAUGUCAAUGACAAUCCUCCUGUGUUUCAGCGGGCGUCUUACAAAGGCACUGUGCCUGAAGAUGCACCCCCUUACACAAGUGUCCUACAAAUUUCUGCAACUGAUCGUGACUCAGGAUUAAAUGGAAGAGUGUUUUAUACUUUUGCUGGAGGCGAUGAUGGUGAUGGGGACUUUACCGUGGAGUAUACAUCUGGUAUUGUGCGGACACUGAGGCAACUAGACAGAGAGAAUAUGGUCCAGUAUCGACUCACUGCUUAUGCUGUUGACAAGGGGAUGCCAACCCCACACCGUACCCCUACCGAAGUAGUGGUCACAGUCUUGGAUGUCAAUGACAAUGCACCUGUGUUUGCCAAAGAUGAGCUGGAGGUAAAGGUUUUAGAAAACAGUCCCCUUGGGCCGCCACUGGCAAAAAUCACUGCCACAGACCCAGACGAAGGCCCAAAUGCACAAAUAAUGUAUCAAAUUGUGGAAGGAAACAUUCCAGAAGUGUUCCAGUUGGAUAUUUUCUCCGGGGAGCUAACAGCACUAGUUGACCUAGACUACGAGGAGCGACCAGAAUAUGUAAUUGUGGUGCAAGCCACAUCGGCACCAUUGGUCAGCAGAGCAACAGUUCGAGUGCGUUUAGUGGAUGUCAACGAUAAUGCUCCAAAUCUGAGUGACUUCAGAAUUGUGUUUAAUCACUAUAUUGGUGGUGGCGGCAGAAGCUUUCCAGCGGGGGUCAUAGGAAAAGUGCCAGCACAUGACCCAGACAUCAGUGACUCUUUGAGCUUCACCUUCUUGAGUGGAAAUGAAUUAGGGUUGCUUUUGCUCAACACCAGUAGUGGGGAAUUAAGCUUGAGCCAUGACCUCGAUAGCAACCGGCCCCUGGAGGCAACCAUGGAGGUGUCAGUCACAGAUGGUAUUCACAGUGUUACAGCCCGAUGUACCUUGCAAGUGGCCAUCAUUACAGAUGAGAUGCUGUCGCACAGUAUUACCCUGCGUCUGGGGGGCAUCUCCCAACAACACUUCCUUUCCCCUCUCCUGCCCCUGUUCAUUAGUGCAGUGGCCAACGUACUUUCUAUACCACCACCUGGUGUCGUAGUCUUUAGUAUCAAAGAGGAUUCUGAGGUUCCAGCACUGUCUCUGGCUUCCGCUCCGGAUAUGCAAAUUCUCAACGUCAGUCUCUUGGUCCAAGGUAGUGAAGGAGAGUUUCUUCCGUCAGAGAUCCUACGUGAGCUGUUGUACCUAAACCGUACAUUGUUGGCUGCUUUGGCACAGCAGCAAGUGUUGCCAUUUGAUGACAAUGUUUGCCUUCGAGAACCCUGCCCAAACUACAUGCUGUGUGUGUCUGCCCUGCGCUUCGACAGCUCUGCUCCCUUCUUGGCCUCCGACACUCUGCUCUUCCGCCCCAUCCUUCCAGUAGGAGGCCUACGCUGCCGCUGCCCAAAAGGUUUUGCUGGUGACUACUGUGAAACCGAGGUAGACCUGUGCUACACAGGACCUUGCGGAGAGCAUGGUGUCUGCCAGAGUCAUGAAGGUGGCUACACUUGCAGGUGUCAUGAAGGUUACACAGGGUUCCACUGUGAGAUUUCCUUGCGCUCUGCACGGUGCUCUGCAGGUCUUUGCAGAAAUGGGGGAAUAUGUGUGAACUUGCUUGUGGGGGGUUUCCACUGUGACUGUCCUCCGGGGGCAUAUGAAGCCCCGUACUGCACAGUCACCACACGCGCCUUCAAUGGAGAGUCAUUCCUUACAUUCCGUGGCCUGAGACAGAGGUUCCACUUCACACUGUCACUCAGCUUUGCCACUCGGGAACAGAACGGCCUCCUGCUGUACAACGGAAGGUUUAACGGGAAGCAUGACUUCAUUGUCCUAGAAGUGACAGAUGAACAGGUCCAGCUGACUUUCUCUGCAGGUGAAUAUACCACCACAGUGUCACCAUAUGUUCCUGGUGGAGUGAGUGAUGGACAAUGGCACACUGUCCACCUGCACUACUAUAAUAAGCCAAUUGUGGGUAAAUUUGGGGAGCUGCAAGGGCCCUCAGAACAAAAAGUGGCCGUGGUAGCGAUUGAUGAUUGUGAUACAACAGUGUCACUACGCUUUGGAGCCAUCCUGGGAAACUACUCCUGCACAGCGCAGGGAAUGCAGUCUGGGACCAAGAAGUCUUUGGAUCUUACUGGCCCUCUGUUGUUGGGAGGCAUUCCUAAUCUCCCUGAAGGAUUUCCGGUGACACACAGAUACUUUGUGGGCUGUAUGAAAGACCUGGUGAUCGAUAACAAGGCCAUGGACCUUGAGGAAUAUAUAGCAAACAAUGGCACUAUACCAGGUUGCCCUGCCAAGAAGAACCAGUGUGAAGGAGAGAAGUGCCAACAUGGCGGAACCUGUGUAAACCGCUGGGAUGGCUAUUCAUGCGAGUGUGCUUUGGGCUAUGGAGGCAAGGACUGUGAGCAAGAGAUGUGGUCUCCAUUCCGUUUCCUGGGUGAUGGUUUGGUAUUUUGGGAAAGCCUCACAUUGCCUAUUUCUGUGCCAUGGCAUAUAAGCCUCAUGUUUCGUACUCGACAAUCAAAUGCCAUUUUACUAACAUCUGAAGACGAGCAAAGAUAUGUCGUGACGCUUCAGAUGAGUGAAGGUUCCCCUGUCCUUUCGAUGCAUGACUCUGCCAGGCUACUCUCCAGCCUACGCCUGGAACAUCUGAAGCUGAAUGAUGGUGUUUGGCAUCACAUAUCUGUAGAAGUUCAGAAGGACCCUGCUAUCUCUGAUGAGCAUAUCAUUAUCCUUAGUACAGACUAUGGACAGGAACAGGUCAAAGGUUAUUUUCCCAAUGACCUAAUAGGUGUCCUGUUGAGUAAACUAAGCGUUGGGGGCGAGGUUGGUGCUGAAGGCACAGUUUUUCAUGGAUUCCGUGGCUGUAUACAGGGUGUGCAGGUGGGAGGUCCAUCAGGCUCAUCACUCUCCAUAGCCUCUGCAGAGCGUAUGAAUGUAGACCCGGGCUGCAGCUUUCCGGAUCCCUGUGACUCCAAUCCAUGUCCGGUGCACAGCUACUGCCGGGAUGACUGGGACAGCUUCUCCUGUGCAUGUCACCAAGGGUUUUAUGGUGACAACUGUACGGAUGUCUGUGAACUAAACCCGUGUCAGCAUCAGUCUACGUGUGUUCGGCGUAGCGGUUUCCCUCGUGGAUACCUUUGUGAGUGUUCUUCAGGCUACUAUGGGCCAUACUGUGAAAACAGGCUGGAUCAGCCGUGUGCCCGUGGAUGGUGGGGUCACCCUGUCUGUGGACCAUGCAAUUGCGAUGCUAGCAAGGGCUUUGAUACGGACUGUAACAAAACUACAGGAGAGUGUCGUUGUAAGGAUAAUCAUUACCGUCCUCCUGCUGGUUUGUCUUGCUUGCUUUGUGAUUGUUAUUCCACUGGUUCCCUAAGUCGGACGUGCGAUCCUGUCACAGGACAGUGCCCCUGUAAACCAGGGGUCAUCGGACGGCGCUGUGAUCGUUGUGAUAACCCGUUUGCUGAGGUCACGUCAAAUGGAUGUGAAGUGAACUACGAUAGCUGCCCCCGAGCUGUAGAAGCUGAGAUCUGGUGGCCUAGGACACGCUUUGGCCUUCCAGCUGCUAUAUCAUGUCCUAGGGGAUCAGUGGGAACGGCUAUCCGUCAUUGUGAUGAACACAGAGGGUGGUUACCUCCGAACCUGUCAAACUGUACUUCCCACCCUUUUCUACCAUUGAAAGGCCUGCUGGAUACACUAAGCAGAAACAUUUCAUUAAUGAGCCCUACAGUUGCGCAAAAAGGUGCGCAAGAUCUUUUAAAUGCUACCCAGGGAGCAGGAACUUUCUUGGGCAGUGACGUGCAGGUGUCUUACAAGUUGCUGAGUACUAUUCUACAGAAACAGAGUCAAGAGAGCGGCUUCAGCUUGGCAGCAACUCAGGACAUCCACUUCACAGAGAAUGUGGUAAAAGUUGGCAGCCAUCUUCUUGAUCUUGGCACAAAACAAGUAUGGGAGAGUAUCCAAAUGUCAGAGGGUGGCACGGCCCUGCUGCUGCGACACUACGAAACAUAUGUGGGUACCCUGGCCCGCAAUAUGAAACAUACCUACCUCAACCCUUUUACCAUCAUUACUCCUAACAUCGUUGUGUCCGUGACGAGAUUAGAUCAAUUGAAUUUUGCCGGUGCGGUGUUGCCCCGCUAUGAAACGCUGCGUGGUGUGAAGCCAAGUGACCAAGAUACAGCAGUAAUCCUUCCACAGCCACAUUUCAUGCUGCAUGACACACAUGCAUCUCUCGCUAGUAAACCCUUGGAGUCCUCAUCUGAACUCAGCAGAAAAAAGCGAGAGAAUGAACCCCGGGGAGAUGGGGUGCAAAGAGAUGCCCAGGCUGUGGUGUCAGUCAUAAUCUACCACACCCUGGGGACACUGCUGCCCGAGCGAUGGGAUCCGGAUAAGAGGAGCCUUAGGGUCCCUAAACGCCCUGUAAUAAACUCUCCUGUAGUGAGUAUUAACAUCCACGAGGCAGAUGGUGGGGCCCUCCAUCAGCCCAUUACAGUGCAGUUCCGUCUGAGAGAAACCCAGGAACGAUCUAAACCCAUCUGUGUGCACUGGAACCACACUCUUCAAUUACCCACACCAGGAGGCGGUUGGUCAGCCCGUGGCUGUGAAUUGGUUUUUCGGAACGAAACUCAUAUCAGCUGCCAGUGCCAUCACAUGACCAGCUUUGCCGUUUUAAUGGACAUGUCUCGAAGAGAGAAUGGAGAGAUCCUACCUUUGCGUGUAAUUACAUACUCGUGCCUAGGAGUGACACUUGGCUUUCUGUUGCUUUCAAUGCUCUUCCUGUGUAUCCCACGCAGUCUACGUUGUAACCAGCACAGCAUCCGCAGGAAUCUUCUGCUUGCCCUUUUCCUUUCUCAGCUCAGCUUCCUGCUUGGGAUCAACCAAGCAGAUAUGCAGUUCACCUGCACGAUCAUCGCUAUCCUCCUGCACUUCCUGUCUCUGUGCUGCUUUUCCUGGGUUUUCCUUGAGGUUCUGCACAUUUACCGUAGGCUAAGUGAAGUGCGGGAUGUCAACGCUGGCCCCAUGAGAUUUUACUAUGCACUGGGCUGGGGUGUCCCAGCCUUUAUUACAGGUUUGGCAGUUGGAUUGGAUCCUGAGGGCUAUGGGAACCCAGAUUUCUGCUGGCUGUCUGUAUCGGACACCCUCAUAUGGAGCUUUGGAGGACCUGCUGCUUUUGUAAUCUCGACUGGUCUGUUCCUGUGUCUUCUCUCUGGCCGGGUUUUGUGUGCAGUAAAAAGGGAGGGAUUCCACAAGAAGGGAAUAGGGUCUGGUCUCCGUAGUUCCAUCUUCUUGCUGCUCCUGGUCAGUGUAUGCUGGCUUCUCGCCCUCCUUUCCGUUAACAGUGACCUGCUGCUUCUGCACUAUCUCUAUGCGGGGGUUGUCUGUGCACAGGGCCCCCUCAUCUUCCUUAUCAGCGUAAUACUCAGCAGAGAUGUGCACAGAGCCCUGAAGCAGACUGUGAGCAAGAAACACGAACCCAGUGUUACCACAAAAUCCACACUGAUUUCGUCACAUCCUGGAAACGCGUACCUGGAUGGCCGCCUCUAUCAUAUGCCAUUUGGUUCAUCCACAGGCUCCCUGCACUCAGGGAGAAGUCACAGCUACCUACCAUUUCUGCUCAGAGAUGAAGCCGGACUCAAGCCUGGUCAGUCCUUAGCAGAAUUAGAUGAUCCCAAUGGCAUGUACCUAGAAGCAAAGGACCAGCAUGAAGACUCUGACUCGGAUGACAGCGAUCUGUCAAUGGAGGAUGAUCACAGCUGCUCCUUUGCCUCCAGUCAUUCCUCUGACAGUGAGGAUGAAGUUGAUGGUCCUGGGGUUCCCUGCUGGAAUGGGCUUAGCAGCCUCAAUAAUGAGAAACCGCUACAAAUCCCACCUAAAGUGGAUAAUGUUGCCUCUCAAGGGACAUUAGCGAAUGGAGAUCUCCAUGUAGUAGAGCCCACAGUUCCCUCACCUAAGAGGACAGGGGGCCCGCCACAGAAAGGAAUCCUGAAAAAGAAACAUCGUUCUGCUAUUAACCGGAUCCAUAAUGAACUGCGGCCUUUAUCACAGGGACCCAGAGCCAAGCCUAGCCUCCAAGAGCAGCUUAAUGGAGUCACUCCCAUCCCUAUGAGCAUCAGGACAGGCACCACUGGCAGGGAGUCCUCUGAAUCAGAGUUUCUUUUCUUUAAUUUUCGUCAUUAACCCUUUGUUUUCCCUUAUGAACACUCAUUAUCAUGAAUGCUUUUUUUUGGGUUUCUGCUACAUUUACCUCACCAUUCCCCACCCCCUUCAUCAUACUAGGAGCGAUGAGACGUCCAUCUAAGCAAGAUGAUGUUCACUGCGUGCUUCUCUCCUCCAAGAUGAAAGAAACCGAUGCCAACGACUCAACCGCAAACGAUUGUGACUUGAUCACCGUUGUCCAGCCAGAGAAUGGGUUUAAUGCCAAUCUGUACAGUUUUGUUUGCACCAGGCUGUAAAUAUGAACCUGCUUUUGUUUGUAUGAAAAUAAAAUAUGUAGUUUUUUUUUUC